ACCACCACUGAAGAGUAAAGAGCCCUGACUGCGCCACCGAAAUCAGAUCAAACUCGGAUUACUGACGUGUACGGUCCAGAUUCAAUCCCUUUGUAAACUAGAUUUCAGUCUCCGUGUUUAUAAUCUCUCUCCUGCCUUUAACUUUUUUCAUUGCUUCGGUUUCGUUCUCUCUCCUUUUUUUCCGCCACCUCCGUUGACAUAAUUUUUUUUCUGGUGUUAAACUCCAAUCUCAAGCCGUUCGUUCAAUUAUCUCCGAUAACAUCAUCAAAGGUCACAAUCUGAAACUCUAAUCGGUCAGAUCAGAGAUCACGAUCCGAUUCUACAGAAUAUUCAAAUCUCAGAUCUAGGGCAAAAAAUCAUAGAAACCCUAAAUUCAAAUAUAUAUAUCGAUAUAUUUUUACUUUUGUUUACAAGAUCCAUAUAUAAAUAUUCUUUACUCGUAUAUAUACAUCACUCUCAAGAUUGUAUUUUACAUAUGUUCGUAGCCGAUUUGAAUAAAUUUGUAUUUAACAAUCGAGAAAAAAAACCCUAGGUUGGAUGGGCAAAGACGAAUGUAAAUCUGUGGUAGACGUAGAGGAAGGCGAAAUAUCUGAUUCGGCUUCUGUUGAAGAGAUCAGCGAGGAGGAUUUUAUUAAGCAGGAGGCUAAGGUUACGAACACUACAAAUUCGAAUUCGAACUCGAACUCGAACUCGAACUCGAAGCCUAUGGUUUGGACGAUGGGGGAUCUGUAUAAGUAUUCGAAUAAGUAUUCGAAUUCGCGCAAUUAUGUGUCUGGUUUGUACAAUCUUGCGUGGGCGCAAGCCGUGCAGAAUAAGCCUCUGAAUGAGGUUUUAGUGAUGGAGUUCAAACCCAGUGAGAACUCGAACUUGAGACGGUCGUCGUCGUCGACUUCAAUGAACGGUAGAGAAGACAGUAAGAAUAAUAGCAGCAGUAGUUCAGUUUCAUCGUCGAAGGAAGUCGAUAAUAAGGUUAUAAUUGAUGUGAGUGGUGAUGACACUGAUGAUGCUAAGAUGGAGGAUGUAGGAGAUGAGAAGGAGGAAGGAGAAUUGGAGGAGGGUGAGAUCGAUUUGGAUUCAGAAAUUGAAGACAGGGUUGAAGAAGGUAAAUUGAUUCCCAAAGAUCCGAAUGUUAAUAAAGCAGAUGCUGAUUUGAAAGACGAAUGGGAGAAUGAGGUUAAUUCCAUUCGUGAAGAACUCAAGACCUUGACUCUGAAUGAUGCAGAGAAAUCAUAUGAUGCAGUCUGUUCCCAACUGCAAAACUCAUUGGACCGCAUGAGGGAAGUAUUUUUGCAAAAUUCUGUUCCCACAAAGGAUGAUAUCGUUCAGCUGUCAUUUGCUGCCAUUCAGACUCUUAAUUCAGUUUUCCGUUCCAUGAAUCAAAAUCAAAAGGAGCAGAAUAGGGAAAUUUUAUCAAGUUUGCUUGGACAAGUAACAUGUGAAAAUACUCCUUUUUUUUCUCCUGCGCAAUUGAAAGAGAUAGAGGUCAUGAUACCAGCACUUGGUUCUCCUGCUGUUGUGUCUAGUACUGCAGACAAUGAUGUGGAGAAAAAGAUGCAGGUCAUUGAGAAAGUGAAUCAAAAUGUUUCUGUUGCUUCAGGUGAAAAUGCUGGUCAUGAUUUGACUUCUUCAAAGAAGUUUGUGUUAGACUCCAGGUCCAUUGAAUCCUUGUAUCCAAAUGAUCCCAGCAUAUUUCCAGAACCUUUAAAAUUAGGACCAGGUAGUUCUAAAGGUAGAGGGGUAUUGCUUCCCCUAUUAGACCUUCACAAGGAUCAUGAUGCAGACAGUCUUCCGUCACCUACACGGGAAACCCCACCACGUCUGCUUGUAAACAGAGUAUCAGCUGUUGGAGAUACAGUGUUUAAACCAGAUUUGUUACAACCUAGGGCAGCUCUUGAUACGGAAAAUACUGUAAUGCAUCCUUAUGAAACAGAUGCCCUUAAAGCUGUUUCCACCUAUCAACAAAAAUUUGGUCGAAGUUCAUUUAUUUUGAAGGACAGACUUCCUAGCCCAACCCCUUCAGAAGAAUGUGAUGAUGAUAGAGAUGGGGGCUCUAGUGGGGAGGUUUCAAGCUCUUCCAUUGUUGGUGAUGCAAACUCUGUAUAUGCACCCAAUUUAGCACGACCCAGUGUUUCUUCUACUCAUAACAUGGAUAUAUCCAGUGUACAAGGACUGAGUAGUGCUGGGAAUGCUGGCAUUCCAAGUUCUGGGUCUAACCCUGUAUUAAGAGCUCUGGCAAGGAGUAGAGAUCCCAGGCUCCGGUAUGCAAAAUCUAGUGCAGGUACUUUGGAUCUCAACCAAUUUCCCUUACCUGGGAUGAACACUGAACCUAAAAUGGAUCCCCUUGGGGGAAUAAUAAUCUCAAAGAAGCAGAAAAUUGUUGAGGAGCCUGUUUUGGAUGGUCCUGCACUGAAGAGGCAAAGGAAUGGGUUGACGGAUUCUGGGCUGGCUAUGGAUGUGCCUACAGCAUCCGGAAGUGGUGGUUGGUUGGAGGAUAGAGGCACGGUUCGACCUCAGUUUAUAAACAGAAACCAGGCAGUAGAGAAAAUGGGAAGUGUUACCAGGAGCUUGGGAAAUGAAGUAACUUGCUCUGAUGCCACCAGUAGUACACCCAAUAUAACAAUUGGUGGGAACGAGCAAUUACCAGUAACAGUUACCAACACCACAGCUUCCUUGCAUUCUAUAUUGAAAGACAUUGCAGUGAAUCCAGCCAUGUUGAUGAAUAUAAUUAAGAUGGAACAACAGAAGUCUGUUGAUCCUGCAAAAAGUAUAACACAAUCAUUAAGCUUGAACUCAAUAUUGGGAGCAGUUCCAUUGAUGAAUGUUGCUCCCCCAAAGUCCUCAGAGCUUGGGCAGAGAUCUGCAGGAAUACUUCAGACUCCUCAAACAGCUUCAACUAACAUGCAAGAGGAAUUGGGAAAAGUUCGCAUGAAGCCCCGUGACCCUCGCCGUGUACUCCAUAAUAAUACGUUUCAUAAGCCUGGGAGCUUAGGAUCUGAUCAGUGUAAAACAAAUGUUGCUCCUAUAGCAAGUUCUCAGGGAAUGAAGGGCAAUUUGUAUCCCCAAAAGCAAGAGGAUCAGUCAGACAAAAACUCCGUGCCUUCCCAGUCAAUCACUCCACCGGAUAUUACACAGCAGUUCACUAAGAAUCUGAAAAACAUUGCUGAUAUUAUUUCUGUAUCCUUAGAACCUAUGAGUCCAGCAAUUUCUCCAAAUUUUCCUUCACAGCCUGCACAAGUUCCUUUGAGUAAAGUAGAUGUAAAAGGUGUAGUUUCAGAUUCGGGUAACUUGCAGACGACUGGUUCUUCAACUGAGGAAGUUGCUGUAGAUCCCUCUGGACCAAAAAACACUUGGGGAGAUGUUGAGCACCUAUUUGAAGGAUUUGAUGACCAGCAAAAAGCUGCUAUCCAGAAAGAGAGAGGAAGGAGAAUUGCAGAGCAGAAGAAAAUGUUUGCUGCCCGUAAGCUCUGCCUUGUCUUGGACCUAGAUCACACUCUUCUUAAUUCAGCAAAGUUUGUCGAAGUAGAUUCUGUUCAUGAUGAGAUCUUGAGAAAGAAAGAGGAGCAGGAUCGUGAAAAGCCACAGAGGCAACUUUUUCGGUUUCUUCAUAUGGGAAUGUGGACCAAAUUGAGGCCUGGGAUAUGGAAUUUCUUGGAGAAGGCUAGCAAGCUAUUCGAGCUGCAUCUGUACACAAUGGGGAACAAGUUGUAUGCUACAGAGAUGGCAAAAUUGCUUGAUCCUAAAGGUGUUCUGUUUGCUGGGCGAGUUAUCUCCAGGGGUGAUGACGGGGAUCCGAUUGAUGGUGACGAGAGGGUUCCGAAGAGUAAGGAUUUGGAAGGGGUUUUGGGUAUGGAAUCUUCUGUGGUCAUUAUAGAUGAUUCAAUUAAAGUCUGGCCACAUAACAAACUGAACUUGAUAGUUGUAGAAAGGUAUAUUUAUUUUCCUUGCAGUAGACGCCAAUUUGGGCUUCCUGGUCCUUCUCUCCUUGAGAUUGAUCAUGACGAAAGAUCAGAAGAUGGGACUUUGGCAUCUUCUUUGGCGGUCAUUGAAAGAAUACAUCAGAACUUUUUUUCACAUCGGUCCUUGGAUGAAGCUGAUGUCAGAAACAUCCUUGCCUCAGAGCAACGGAAAAUUUUAGGUGGUUGUCGUAUCGUCUUCAGUAGGGUGUUUCCGGUUGGCGAAGCCAAUCCUCACUUACAUCCACUGUGGCAGACAGCCGAACAGUUUGGUGCUGUAUGCGUCAACCAGAUUGAUGAACAAGUCACCCAUGUAGUUGCCAAUUCUCUUGGGACUGACAAGGUGAACUGGGCUCUUUCUACAGGAAGAUUUGUUGUCCAUCCUGGCUGGGUGGAAGCGUCAGCUUUGCUUUACAGGAGAGCGAAUGAGCUUGAUUUUGCUAUUAAACCAUAAACAAAUCACCAUUCCUUUCCACCUGGUAAACUACGAGUUCAUGACCACCACCUGUAAGAGCCUAGAAUCAAGUCUCAAAAUGAAGUUGGUGAAGGGACAAUCAGGUCAUGUUUUGCUAGACCUGUGAUUGUCGCUUAAUUCUGAUUCGAUUUGAUUCGAUUCGAUUCUCAUUGGCCACCCAUAAAAGCUGGUUGAACGACUGUAUUACCCAACCCCGUUGGCCGUUGAAGAUAAAUUCCGGAUUACGUGUUCCUAUCCAGCUCAUAAGAUAAUCUGAGCCCUGAAAAUCCAAAUAAUUUAUCUCUCCAUGCCUUAGUAAGGCUUACUAUGGGAUAAAAAAUUUGGGUGGUGACUUGCCCUGGCAGGACUCGGGCAGUUUUGUGCAAGCCAGCCUUCCCUUUGCAGCAAAGUUUUGUGAAAUUUCUUGAACUAAAUUAUCCAUCGAGCAGCUUCCGUAGUUUUGGGUUGGGGUGGGUUAACAAUGAUCAAACAUAAAAAUGUAUCAUUGGGAAAAUUCUCAAUCGUAUUAAAUGGAAGAUUAAAUAAAUAUAUACUAAACAUUGUUGGAUGGAAAGGGAAGUAAAAUUAAAUAAUGAAUUAGUUGAAGUUUUCGCAUUUUUAAUACAAAAUUGAUUUUUGGAGAA